GGUUAGAAACGACGCCGGUGUCCUAAGAGGAACUUCCAGGUCGCGUCUCUCACACUUGACUGACUGACUUGAGGCGAAGUCCCCUCAGGGUAGAGGGAAGGCCCGAAGGCGAGGCUCAGGCGGAACCCGUCAGCCCUUGCAUCCAUGCGGAGCGCGUUGAGGCGAGUACGCUUGCGCGACGGCCCGAACACGUGGCUUGCUGCGGGGCCGAUCGCCUGCCUGCUGGGAACAGAGAGGGCCGGGCUUGAAGUGAGCGCCAUGGCGGCGGUGGCAGGAGCGGGGGUCUCGGCAGGAGACACAGCGUGCGGGGACGAGGCGGCCGCCUUCCAGACCCCCGUCUUCCUGGCAGGGACCCCGUGCGCCUUUUCCCCCCAUGAGCAGCGCUUGCUAGCGCUCUCCGGGCCGGACGGGCGGCUCCGCGUGUGGGAGACGGCCAGCAGCCGCCUGCACCACGAGUACGUGCCCUCUGCCCAUCUCAGCGCUGCCUGUACCUGCUUGGCUUGGGCGCCGCCGGGCGCCGGAGGAGGCCGCGCAUCUAUCACCAAGGAAGGCCCUCAGAGAAAGAAGAGGAAAUCUGAAGCUGUAGAAGCAGGUGAACGGUUAGAUCUUUUGGCUAUUGGUACUGCAGCUGGCAGCAUUUUAUUAUACAGCACAAUAAAAGGAGAAUUACAGAGUAAACUAAGUGGUCAUGACAAUAAAAUAAACUGUGUACGAUGGCACCAAAACAAUGGUUGCUUAUAUAGUUGUUCAGAUGACAAACAUAUUGUGGAAUGGAACACACAGACAUGCAAAGUGAAAUGCAAAUGGAAAGGAGAUAACAGCAGUGUGAGUUCACUGUGCAUCAGUCCUGAUGGUAAGAUGCUUCUUUCAGCUGGUCGAUCUAUCAAAUUGUGGGACCUGGAGACCAAGGAAGUCUACAGACAUUUCACAGGACAUUCUACAUCAGUAUCAACUCUUAUGUUUAUCACAGUACGCCCUCCCAAUGAGAAUCAACCCUUUGAUGGAAUUACAGGGCUGUAUUUCCUAUCUGGAGCAGUGCAUGACCGGUUACUCAGUGUUUGGCAGGUGAGAUCAGACAGGAAAGAAAGGAAUGCUGUAAUGAGUUUCAUGGUUACAGAUGAACCAAUCCAUAUCGAUCUGACAAUAUCAGAAAGCAAAGAGGAGCCAGUCACGUUAGCAGCUGUAUGCAGAGAUGGACAAUUGCACUUAUUUGAACAAGUCUUGAAUGGGUCCUGCAAAAAACCCUUGACAUCAAAAUGUACAAUCCAGGUAGCAACAUCUGGAGAAGAUAGUGAUUCCACACCAAAGCCCAUCCCUAUUCUAGCAGCUGCAAUUUGUUCAGAUAAAGAAUCAUUGCUGCUUGUAUAUGGAAACUCCUUACAUCCUGUCUUUGAGAGAGUGACUAUAAAUACGACAGAACCGCAUAUAUGCUUAGUAAGGGAUAUUCAGAAAACCCUGACACUUAAAACAGAAAUGGCUAUAACAAAGGUAAAAACUCCCAUAAUCAAUUCAGAAGUCAAAACGCUAGUGCCUGGAAUUCCUGGACAUAGUGCAGCUAUCAAAUCUACAUUUCGUGAAGAGAAAAUUGCAAAUAAAAGGAAAUCUACUACAGCUGGUAAAGAGGAGAGCAUUGAAGACCGCCUCGGUGCAAUGGAUAUUGAUGUGACAAAAGUGAAACAGUCGUCAGGAGGCCUUCCACAGACAGACAAUUUUGCAGUGCUUUUAGUUCAGGGUUUGGAAAGCAGCGAUCCUGGAAUACUAAAUAAAGUGCUUCAAGCCAGGAAGGAAGCAGUGAUAAAGAAAACAGUAGCCAGAAUGCCUGUGUAUGCUGUCAUUCCACUGUUGCAUGAGCUCACAAAAAGGCUGCAAGGGCACCCAUACAGUGCCUCACAAAUGGUUCGAUGGCUAAAGGCUGUUCUAACUAUGCAUGCUUCCUACCUUUCAACAUUGCCAGAUCUGGUCCCUCAGCUAGGAAUGCUGUAUCAGUUAAUGGAGAGCAGAGUGAAGACUUUGCAGAAGCUCUCUCGCUUACAUGGGAAACUCUAUCUUAUCAUCACCCAGGUUGCUGCAUUGGAACAGGCUCAGGAUGUAGCUGAUGUUGACCAGACUGCAAAGCUAGUGUAUGAAGAAGAAUCAUCAGAGGAAGGUUCAGAUGAUGAGAUGGUUGCAGAAAAAGAUUCAGAUGAAAACUGGGAUGAAGAUGAUGAGAAAGAAGAAAGCGAAGAGAACGACGAGAGAGAUGAACUUUCAGAUGAUGAACAAGAAAUGGCUGUAGAAAAAGAAAUCAAUGGGGAAUCAGAUUUGGAUCCAGAAAAUGAAAGUGAAGAAGAAUAGCACACACUUUAAAAGACACAAAACCUAUUAGCUGGCCACCAAAACUUGUUUUCUGGAUUGCCGUGCUAAAAGCCGCUUGCAUCACACAAGGGAGUACAGACUGGAUACUUGACUGACAUGUGUGAUGGCAUACUGGGCCCCUGUAUUUCCAAGCCCAGAAUGUGUAUCAAUGCCAGCCUUCUUAUUCCUCUACCGCCUGUCCUAUACUUUCUGGGAUCACAGUGAAAGAUUUUUCUUCUACAUAGUAAGCAAAUUUAUCCCCAUUACCUGGACAUUCAUUUUGCAUCUUGAGUGAAAGAGUUUACCAAUGCCCUUUGGAUGGUAAACUUGUUGCCACUUUGUAUCAGUUCCAAAUUCUGAUGGAUUGCAGACCACUCUACCUUAGCAUUCUUUAGUUAAGUACUUUUCCACUUGGCAUCUUGCUACAUUUUUUGGAAGAGAAUAAAUAUUUUUGUAAGACUAAGACCUUAAUGUUGAUUGUUCUUCCUCUUCUUUCUUUGCCCAUGUCUGUUCCCUCAUAACAGCAUUAUUCACGCCUUGGCAGUGGUACAAUGCCAAUCAGGUUGAACACAGCAUUUUCUUUAUAAAACCAAAUGUUUUAUAUAUGUGUGUGUGUGUAAAUCAGUCACUCUUGUUAUUUCAAAACAAUUAGGCUCGUUGGUGGUUCUUAAUUUGUUCUUUUAAUUGAGCUUGUAUAUAAGUUUAAUGCUGACCCAUAGAGAAAGUUCAUCUUUGGAAGAGUGAAGUUUAAAAAUAUAAUAAUGAAAAGAGAGGGCAAAUGCUUGUGAAUAAUGUAACGACGCGUAUACAUUUAUUAUGAAUUUUUAAUCUUAGGGGCAGAACAGGGGUUGCUAUUAGCUCAAUUAAGCUGAAGCGGUAUAAACAAUUUUUAAGAGCAAGGUUGGAUAAAGAUUUUGAGCCAUUCACCAGUGUAAUGUACAGUUAUUUGUUGAAUUGGAGCCGUUGCAACCAGAUACUGCCCUCCUUUGUAAAGUGAAUAAAUAUACAUUGCCUUUAUCAA